CACAUUUGACAAUGAUUUUGAUUUUAAAGUCAAUCAGUUGCUUAUAUUUUUUUCUUGGCAUUAACGAAAAAAAAAGACAAAAACCAAAUAAAAUAAAAUAACGACGUUUGUAGAGAAAUACACUCUGGUGGAUGGAAAAAACUAUUUGAGGCAUGUCAAAUACGUUGUUGAGGAGUCUUAGUCGUGGGCACGGAUGUUGUCGUUUAUACGGAUGCGUCUGCGUAUCUUAUAAGCAAACAUCAAUUCUCUUAAAUAAGAUUACUGUCGUGAAUUACUCCAGACGUAGUGAUUCCAAAAAUUUUGAUCUCAUUUUCAAGAUUGUUAAGUCAAAAAUGCGGGUAGAAGAUACUGAAGAUUUCUUGGGAGUUGAAUGUGGUCCGAACUGGGAGUUAUUAUCUCCUCGUGGUAAUCGUUUUUAUUUUCCAAAUGCAAUUGGUCCUGCUUGGCAAGGAGCUACCAGUACUAUAACACUAGAAGCCCCAUUGGAAUCAAUAGUUGACUUUGAAGGAAAGGCUUCGACAGAAACUGCCAUGCUUCAAUUUUCGGUUAACGAAUGCCCGUCGUUAAUCAAAAAAUCUCUUCAUGAAUUAUUUCCCACACCGGAGGUAAUGUCAAGCGAGAAAAUUGCCUUAAUGACGCUAAGCUUUAGUGGAGAUACCGAACAAGGUGCUAGAAAAUUUGUAUUGGCUGCUCGUGAAAUCACUACACGUUUACGUUUACAUGGUUAUUGGGCUGAUUUUAUGAAUCCCUUUAGCGGUAAACCAUUUUAUUCUUGGGCUAAUGGUAAAAAUCUCUACAAAGUCGAUGAUCGUUUUCGUGGGUUAAACAUGAAGAUUUUCAAAGUAAAUGACUGUGUUAUUAUAAGUCCUGAUAGUGCUGAACAAGCAUUUUCCGGCACUAUAUAUACAAAUGCUCCUACAGACUACUUUCAACUACGAUCCAUCAUCGAUUCCCAAAUCUAGUAGCCAUAAAUGAUAAACGUUGUUUAUUGUUGAUAUUUGUUUAAUUGAAGCUUUAUAGAAUAUUUUAGAUUUCUUAAAAAUUGUUUUC